GGUGAUUCUUGUCACUUCUCGCCCUCCGCUCUCAUCAUCCGUUAUACUGAGUCACCCUGUUUGAGCACAGCAGUGAAGCCGUCAGCUGUUCUCUGAAAAGAGUGCCCAUGAUGACUUUUUUCCGUCAAUACCUCUGGUUAUGGGUGAUACUUGGGAUCAUUUUUGUGAGUGUGAUGAUCAGCCUCAUCUUCGUCCUCAUCAACAAGUGGAUAAACGAACAAGGCAAACUCAGAAUCUUACAACUUGACAGAGCAGCAACUGGCUUCAACAUCCAGAGCAACAAAUAUGAGCAGAGAAACCCUGAUGGGGACACGCCAGCUCUACCUCCUCGGACACAGUUUCUCAAAGCAGAGGCCCAGAGCUAUGAGAACCUGGCAGAGGAGACCACGGAAGACGAGCACGACUACGAGGAGGCCGCGAACGACGUGCACAAGUACGAGCAGAACGCAGAUGACGAUCACGACUACGAGGAGGCCACGAACAACGUGCACAACUACGAGCAGAACGCAGUUGGCGAUCACGACUACGAGCAGAACGCAGAUGACGAUCACGACUACGAGGAAAACGUGGAUGGGGAGCACGACUACGAGCAGGACAUGAACGGCAUGCUCAGCAAUGCGCAAAGCCUUGAUGGGCUGUCUGACUAUGUGAAGGUGGAGGAUGAAGUGAUGAUUCUCCUUCCUCCUCCUCCAUACCAGGAUCCCAAUCCAGCAGACAGCAUCUCCAUGGCCAGCUAUGAUGACAUUGGAGGUGAAGAUGAUGAUGAUGGAGAGGACUACGACGAUGUGGCGUAAGACCACCAGUGAAGAGAAGGGAAAUUAAUCUAAAAGACACUUUUGACUUUCCUAUUUGGAUCCUGCUGAGCAGAGAUAUCAGAGGGAAUUUACAUUACCACAGAUCUUCUUUUUUUUUAAUAAAACCAUUUGUUACUGUCAUUAUUGUGAAAAAGAAACUAACAUACUAAAUUACCGUAUGGGAUUUUGGGAGAAAAGCACAGACAACAGUACUAAAGACAUUGAAAGUAUAAAUAGUAUUUAGGAAAAGAGAUGUUAUUCUACUCAUAUCUACUGUAUAUACUGUACAUAUACAUUUUAAUAAUUUUUUAUGCAUAAACAUUAUUUUAACCAACAUUUUUUACAUCCAACAAACUGUUUAUUUACACUUAUUCAAGCAGCUGUAUUUCACAGUCAACUGCAAUAGCAGGUAUUCCAUAUAUCAAUGACAAACCGUACAAAAUCAACAACAUAGUUAACAUUUGGUCUAUCACAAAAUAAGAAUUUAAAACAUAAUCUUUCAUUUAAUUGAAAGGGAGUUUGUCAAUCCAAUAUGACAUGAACGCUGCGUAAACACUCGUAUCUGCUUAUAAACACAUUAUAAUGUUUUAGAAACCAUUUUAUUUAUUUAUCAUUUCAGGUUUGUGCAUCUGGGAAACAGAGUAGAGGUUUCUGGCACAACUUCACCUUCUUCCAAGGUACAAGAACAAGGGCAAACAGUCUUAAAAUGUCAGAACUACAGCAGCACUUGUAGCAUAGAACAACUUUAUUAUUAGACCAAUGCAUUUUAUCAUGAAAACACAUUACAAGCAGUAUUUAAAUAGGGUGAUUUAAAGACAGAAAUUUUUCAAAAAGUACAAAAAAUUUAUUUGCAUCCAGACACUUGUCAACUAAUAGUGUAUCUACCAAAAUGGGUUGGGUAUAUGGUCAUGUAACUUCAGGCCAAUCAUUAUCCCACAGGCAGGGAAGCAAGGGGAGUAUCCAAUAAACUACAUGGGUGACACCAUAUUUGGACCAUGAACCAGAAAAUAUGGAAAACAGGCAGAGUAUGGAAAGUACAAAGAAAUAAACUAUUGUUGAAUUUGAUAUUUUCAUCCAGGAGAAAAAAACCUUCCAACACCUUUUUGCAGACGAUACAGUGUAAAAUCUCAGUUUUCAAAAUUAAAUACUACAUUUUUUGUCACAAUGGUAUUUGGAUGAGUAUUUAGGUUUGCUUUUUCUCCUGUUACAGACUGCCCUGUCGCCUGCUUUGACUUUGCUCUUUAAGUGAUUGAGUUGUAUUCAUCGUCAUCUUUAGAUUUACUCCCAGUCGUUGCUUUUUUUAGAUCAGUGGGUGAAGCUUUUGUGCAUCAUGAGUCAGAGCAACAUGGCAUGACAAAGUAGUACUGUUUUUAAAGAGAAGUGGGAAGUGUUGUGAUUUAAUGGGUUAUGACUGAGCUGUGCACCCAAUUCAUGUCAUUCAGUUUAUUUAUAAGGGUACGAUCAACAUUUUCAAGGGGGACAUGUCAUGCUUUUUGGUGAUUGUCUUUGAUUAGUCAAACUCUUAUUCACAAAGUAUCUACUUCCCACUUGUGACGAUGUCCGAUUACUCACACAUGCCCACAAACGGCUCUCAGUUCUGCAGUUUUGUAGCUGGGCAUUUUUCUUAGCAUGUGUUUUCCAUGUUGUCCACUCACAUAUUUCAGAUCUGAUUUAGGCUAAAACAUGUACGUAUGUAUCUGAGAAGUUUCCAUUUCAA